UAGGUGGCAGCAUUUAACGAAACGUGUCCAGUGGUUUACAUUCAUAUUUUUGGUGCAUUCGUAAUUUUCUGAUUCAAUCUUUUGCAUUUAUUACAAUGGCAACUAAAAGUUCCGAAACUCCUUCCAUUGAUGGAAUUUAUACAUCUGAAAAAUCUGGUAGUGAUGAAAAUGGUAAAGGUACACAAGACAAUCCCUACAAAACAAUUUUGCAGGCUAUGCGUCAUGCAAAGAUUGAACCAUUUCCCACAAUAUACGUAGAUAGUAAAGAUCCAAAAGCUGAAAUCCCAUAUGAAGUUGCUGCCAAAUCCCAGCUGAAGAAAAUCCAGAAGAUUUUUGCACGCGAAGGUUAUAAGAAUGCCGACAAACAACAGCGUGAAGCCGAAGAUGCUGAAAAGCGAAUGCAAAACUUGGAAGAUGCACGCAAAAUUAAAAUCGAGGAGGAUCCAAGCUUACCCGCUGCACGUAGAAUACGCAUAAGUCACGGUGAGGAAUAUCGCGGUGAACGUAUUAAGAUUUAUGGAUGGGUUCAUCGUUUGCGUCGCCAGGGUAAGGGAUUAAUUUUCAUAACCCUAAGAGAUGGCACAGGAUUUUUGCAGUGCGUACUCACUAAUCGGCUAUGUCAAACUUAUGAAGCACUUGUGUUAAGUACUGAGAGUUCAGUGCUCCUGUAUGGUGUAUUGAAGCCGGUACCUGAUGGCAAAAUGGCACCAGGUGGUCAUGAAUUGCAUGUAGAUUAUUGGGAAUUAAUAGGUUUGGCACCAGCAGGUGGGGCUGAAAAUAUUCUUAAUGAAGAAGCACAUCCUGACGUUCAACUGGACAAUCGCCAUAUUAUGAUACGUGGUGAAAAUACUUCAAAAAUCUUGAAAAUAAGAUCAGUUGUUAUGCAAGCUUUCCGUUCGCACUUCUUUGAUCGGGGUUAUAAUGAAGUCAAUCCACCAACUCUGGUACAGACACAGGUCGAAGGAGGGUCAACACUUUUCAAAUUGCAAUAUUUUGGCGAAGAGGCCUACUUAACUCAAAGUUCUCAGCUGUAUUUGGAGACUUGUCUGCCAGCACUUGGCGAUGUAUUCACUGUUGCCCAGAGUUACCGCGCAGAACAAAGUAGAACGCGUCGUCAUUUGGCCGAAUAUACACACAUAGAAGCCGAAAGUCCCUUUAUUACCUUUGAUGAUCUGUUAGACCGUUUGGAGGAUUUAGUGUGCGAUGUGGUUGAUCGUAUUUUAAAAUCACCGUGGGGCUCCAUCGUUCAUGAACUUAACCCGGAAUUUAAACCGCCCAAAAAACCUUUCCGUCGCAUGAAUUAUGCAGAUGCCAUCAAAUGGUUAAAGGAUAACAACGUAACUAAGGACGAUGGCACAUUCUACGAAUAUGGCGAGGAUAUACCAGAGGCGCCCGAGCGUAAAAUGACUGAUACCAUAAAUGAACCAAUUAUGUUAUGCCGCUUUCCACUUGCUAUAAAAUCUUUCUAUAUGGCAAGAUGUCCCGAAGAUAGCAACUUAACGGAGAGUGUUGAUGUACUUUUACCGAAUGUUGGUGAAAUUGUUGGCGGCUCCAUGAGGAUUUAUAACCAUGAGGAGCUGCUUGAAGGUUAUAAACGCGAGGGCAUUGACCCAACUCCAUAUUACUGGUAUACUGAUCAACGUAUAUAUGGCACACAACCGCAUGGUGGAUACGGUCUCGGCUUGGAACGUUUCCUUUGCUGGUUACUCAAUCGCUAUCAUAUUCGCGAAGUUUGUUUGUAUCCACGUUUCCUUGAUCGUUGCAAACCUUAAAUGACACGACGUUCUCGACGAAUAAAAACACAUAUUAAAGCUUGCAUUUACCUAAAUAAUAUGGUGAAACGCAUUCAUUUAUUUGCAUUUAGUAAGAUUACGCAAAAUAAGAUUUACUCGUCGAAAAUUUCUCUACAAAGAUCGCUAUUGUCCUCAUCAAAUGUUACGUCGCCCUCAGCAUCUGCAUCCUCCUACAACACAAAACAAAACUUGUAAAAUUUAAAAUUAUUGCCAUAUAAUAUUUAGCGCACCGCAUUAUCUACUGAGUCCAGUUCAGCAUGUAUCUGACCUUUGCGAUAAUGAUUUCGUAAUAAUUCUUUAAUGCAAUUACUCAUUAUCUGACGAACUUGCAUGUCAAAUCCUGUAGGUAGCCAGCCCGUUUUCUCAUUACAUAUUGCACCAGUGCGCGGUGACGGUAUCUUCUCGAUCAUUUCUUGAAUUUUCGGCAUAUGUAAAUCACAAUACUAAAAAUAUAAUUAUUUCAAAAUGUUACGAACAUGUAUGAGUAUAUGUAUCAGCAAAUAAACGUAUAACGCUUACUCUUAAAAUA